AUGCCGGCACAAUCAUCGAAUUCGUCUCCGGGAUUGAACUACUGGUAUGGCAGUGGCAGCUUGCCUGACACCUUAGAAGGACUUCCGCAAGGUAGCGCAAAUCCCCGCUUGAUGCGUCGUGCCUCGGAGGCUGUUGGACAAGCUCAAGGGAUCCAAAUCCAGGAGCCCUCUGAAUGGGACGAAAGUCAAGUGCCCCUCCACCUCGAUACCAACCAAACGAAUCUAGUGAUUCGUCCACUGGCAGCGUCCGCCGCUGCAAAUCACAAAGCCCCGCUGGCACCCAAGCAGGGACUUGGGGGCGCCCUUGCAAACGCUCGAGGACAGCACCAGUCUCCGAUUGCUGGUACCUAUGCGUUACGAACCCCUCGCGGCAAGAUCACAUCUAUAGCAUGUGAAAGUUGCAGAAAACGCAAAUCCAAGUGUGAUGGUGUGAGGCCCAAGUGCAACACCUGUCAAUCAAAAAACCUCACCUGUGUCUAUGAUGUGGCAGAAGAUGGUAAAACAACAACUCAACUGAGGGCUCACGUCAGGCGACUGGCCAAGGAAUUGGACGAUAUGAAGUCCGUUGUGUCGCUGCUGGCAAUGGCACCGGAUCGCGCGUCGGCAGCGAAUUGGGCGUCCGAGCUUGAGAAGAAUGGAUUUGCACAUCAUUCAGCCGAUGAAGUCAAGAAGGCGCUUUCGGUAGGUAUGUUUCCGGCUACGGCUGGGAUGCCACUGAGCGAGAAGCAGGAGUCUUUGGGUCCGACACCAGCACUCCCAGAUGCCGAUUCGUUCGGGACUCCAAACAGCAGCGAGCCGUUUACUGGCCAUACGCAUCCUAUGGGGGGCUCAUCUUACGGCAGUUCCUCUCGAGAAGAAAGAGAACAAAGCCAGUCCUCACUGGCUUAUUCGCAUGACAAUGCCGUUGAUGUUGCCGUGCCCACGAACCCAUCCCCACUCAGCCUCGAGGCUGCAGCGAACGCCUUGAACAAGUUCGGGUUCGAUUGUGCGUUUUACCGGAGGACGAAACGAGAUCUACUUGCGAAUGGGUGGAGUGAGGUACAGAUAUUUGGAAGGUCUGAGAUCGAUGUGGACACUCUUUUACUGGGUUUCCUGGAUCCGCAGGAUGCGCAGCCAGUCUCGACAUGGUGUUCCAGAACAGUAAAUAAGCUGCUUCCGGCGUCUCCUCUUCCUGUUAGACUGGCGUCCACAUGGCUUUUGACCAAACUGAUGCGGUAUCUCAUUUGGCCAAGUGUAGAGAAUAUGAAUGCCAAUCCGGAAUGGUUGAUGCCACCAGUAGGGAAGCAGGAGACAUCUCCAUAUGAUUUGCUCAUUGAUCUGGUUCCUUGGCCUCAACUUCGCCAGCUACUAUAUCAACAUCCCCGGGAAUAUCCAGUUGCCCAUAUCGUCGGCCUCAUCGGUGUUACGUGGCCAUAUGCGGACGAUGCGUGCCACUACUGGGAUAUUGAAUCAGGGUACACCCGCAUGACGCCGCUAUUUGAGAGUACCAUCGCCGAUUUGAGCAACUGGACAGUCGACCCAAAGGUUCUUGAGAUUAUGCCUCAACUAGAGGGACACAUUCCAGUAAAGCCGGUAGCAUAA